AAAGAGAAAAAUGCCAUUUCCGGUGAGAAAGAGGGGGGACUGGGGAGCGUAAGGGAGGAUUCUGGGGAGAGAACGAGAGCUUUAAAGGAGAGUUUGGCCUUGGACAUGGCGACGGAUCGAGAAAAGGAGAGAGAGGCAGAGCUGGAAAGUGCCAUGUAUACGAAUUGCCUGCUGCUAGGCCUGGAUCCCGCAAUCAUUGGCGUCGGCGGUGUCGGAGGGAGCCCCAGGGUUGGCCAUUUCCGCCAUUCCAACCCUAGAUUGGGCGAGAAGCUUCUCUACUUUCUCCUUUCUGCCUUAAGAGGGCCCGUUCAAUCCGCCAAGGAUUUCGAUAAGGUGUGGCCGAUUUAUGAUUCUGCCCAGUCUCGAGAUUUUCGUAAGAUUGUGCAAAGUAUAAUAAGUGAGCUGGAAUCCCAAGGGGCGCUGCCAAGGAGCAACGCUCGGGUAUCAUCACUCGCGACUUGUUGUGGGCCGAGGUUCGUUGAGCUGUUAUGGCAGCUUUCUGUGCAUGCAUUGCGGGAGGUUCACAGUCGCACAUUUGCUGCUGAUGUAGCUUCUAAUCCACUUCCUGCUUCACUCACGGAUUCUUCUUAUCUUCAUGCUGCUGCAUUACUUCCUGUAACCAAGGCAAGGAUCGCAGUUGAGAGAAGAAAGUUCCUGAAAAACGCAAAUAUUGCUGUACAUAGGCAAGCUACUUGGUCUAACUUAGCUAAUGAAAUGACUGCUGAAUUCCGUGCUCUUUGUGCAGAAGAGGCAUAUUUGCAGCAAGAAUUAGAAAAGCUGCAGGAUUUGAGAAAUAAAGCAAAAUUGGAUGGGGAAUUAUGGGACGAUCGUAUCUCUAGUUCUAGUCAGAAUGCCCAUUUGGUUUCGAAAGCAACUCGAUUAUGGGAGUCUUUACUAUCUCGAAAGAGUCAACAUGAGGUUCUUGCUUCAGGUCCAAUUGAGGAUCUAAUAGCACAUCGUGAGCAUAGGUAUCGCAUAUCGGGUUCAUCUUUACUUGCAGCCAUGGAAUCAGGUUCUCAUGUUUCGUAUCCAGAUUUGCUCUCGGCUCGUGCUAGUGAAGUAUCUUCAUCCACUGAUGAUGGUCAUGAAAAAGUUGAUUAUCCUCAUAUCCAUGGGAAUCCUGAUAUAUUAUCUAGGGCUGAUGAUAGGGGUGUAAGGGUUCAUCAAAUUGUUGAUCUAGCUGAAGUAAUUAGACGGUGGACACAUGCAUUGCAACGUAUCCAUAAGCAAUCACUUCAUCUAGCCAAAGCUAAUGAUGGAGAGGGCCCAGAACUACUUCGCAGUGCAUCUGAUGAUGGUACUGCUGGUCAUGCUGAAUCAUUGGCAGCAACCCUAGCUGAACAUCGCCAGCAUUUAAUUAGCAUACAGGGACUUAUCAGUCAACUUAAAGAAGCAGUCCCAACAAUGCAGAAGUCAAUAGCAGAGCUGACAGAAGAAGUGAAUAGCAUAUCACCAAUUGCACUAGAUGAAUAUAAUGAGCGAUCAAGCUCACCAACACAGGCCCAAAGCAGUGGAAGGAUUCAAGAAAAUACAGAUCAACUAGUUGAGAUGGCCUCCAACCUCUCCCUUCAAUCUGGAAAGGCUUCGGGCAGCCCGCCUCUUAAACUUCCACAUUUGUUUAGUCUAACUCCAAAUUCAUCAGGAAAGAGUACGCAUACUGGAAAGCGGCAUGCCACAACUGUUCUACCGAAUCAGUCAGAAAAUAUUCCUACUGUGAAAUUUGUAGGCCAACCUUUUGAAAAUGAUUAUGCAGACGUUGCAGCAGAAGAUGGGUAUUUAUAUGCUCUAAAUCUUAAGCGUACUGUUCGCGAAGCUGCAUUGUCAGGUCCAUCUAGUAAUUCUGAGAUAUCAGAUGAGAAGAGCAGUGAUGAAUCCGAGCAUUUCUUUGUACCGCUUUCAACCAGCCUCCCUGGAAAGGAUGCUGAUGCUGUGGUUAGCCGAAAAAAACAGCUGACCUUCUCUUCUCCCCCUGAUACUGUGGAAUGCCUUGACCAAGUGUUCUCGCCUGUAUUUGUGAUGAGUGAUUAUUUAUUUGGAGACGCCUAUGAAGACUUGCUUGCACCAUUGUCGGAGACUGACACUGCUUUAAUGGGAAGCCAAAGCUGGUUGGAGGACAACUCACAUAAUGUCGCAGGAUCGUAUUAGUGGUGCCAACAACUUCCAAGGGUUUGUUCCUUUGAAUAUAAUUUAGUUCACAUUAUGUAAAUCUUAUUUGUUAAUUCCAUUUGAAUCUUCUUCCCCAAGUAAAAAUAUUUAGUCUCAGUAUUGAGUUUAGCUUAACGAUCUGGUCUAGAAUUCAUCGGUGAGCGGGGCUGUGCUAUUAACUAUGCUGAUCUACCUCAUUUGGUUUUUGACUGUUUUUGUGAGAGGCUUUAUGAGCGAUUAAUACAUGUACUGUCGUGUACUUGUAUGUAUACAAUUUUUUACUGUUCUAUGAUUUUUUGGGGAACAUUUAAGCCAU